AUGACCAAGGUGAACAUUGAAGUGAUGAAAAAAUGGAUCGCUAGUCGUAUCUCUGAGAUUCUUGGAGAUGAGGACGAUAUCGUCAUCGAGCUGUGCUUCAACAUCUUGGAAGGCUCUCGCUAUCCGAAUGUGAAGGAACUCCAAAUCCAACUCACUGGUUUCCUCGACAAAGAUACCUCCAAGUUCUGCAAAGAACUCUGGUCACUGUGCCUGAGCGGUCAAGAGAACCCGCAGGGCGUUCCAAAGGAGCUUCUGGAAGCCAAGAAGCUUGAACUUAUACAAGAAAAGGCAAGCUACACUGACCUCCGAACGAACAAGCUCGCAGACGCGGCGGCGGCGGCCGUGGAGGUCGUGACUAUGGCCGACGAGACUUCUCACGGUCACCACCGCCUCGUAACCGAAGCCGAAGUCGUGAUCGAUACCGUGAACCCCCAUCUCGCCGCGAAUUCGAUUCUUACGUCCCGUCUAGCUCCAACAGAGGCCGGCCAACCCGUUCUCCCUCCUACUCACGCUCUCCAAACCGCUCACGAUCCCGCUCCCCUCGUCGACCCCGUCAUGACCGCCGCAGAUCCCGCUCUAGGUCCCCACGGCGAGGCCGCAGAGAAGAAAAGAGACGCAGCCCGGACUACGGUGAUCGCAACCGAUCCAAUUCCCGUGAUUCACCACGCUCACCUACUCCCAGACGAGACCGAAGCAGACCGCGUUCCGUCUCCCGCAGUGUGA